AUGAAACCAUCUCAACUGCAAGAUCAUCUGAGAAGAUGCCACCCUGAUAAAACAGAGAAAGAUUUGAAAUACUUUCAAACACUCAAAGAUAAAUUUCAGAAGAGACCUACACUGGACAGAAUGUUCGCUUCGACGUCACAAAGAAAUGAUCAUGGUUUGCAGGCGUCUUACAAUAUCUCGUUACUUAUAGCAAAAUCCGGAAAACCGCAUACUAUCGGAGAAAAGUUAAAUUUGCCAGCCGUUGAAGAGGUUUUAAAAACUGUUUUACACAAACCUGCUUCUGAUAUCAUUAAAAGAGUUCCCUUAAGCAACAAUACUGUUGAAAGACGUAUUGAUGAAAUGAGUUCUGAUAUUGAAAUCUUCUUAUGUAAUUAUUUGCAAACGACCCAUUUCUCUAUACAACUGGACGAGUCAACUUUACCUGAUAAUGCAACAUUAUUACUGGCAUAUGUUCGUUUCAUUAUGAAUCAAGAAAUCUACGAAGAACUGCUCUUCGCAAGAACUUUGAUAACCGACACUAAAGGUGAAUCAAUAUUUCAUGUUUUGAAGGAUUACUUCAUUAAAGAAGCAAUUCCUUUAUCAAAUAUAACAUCAGUAGCUACAGAUGGAGCACCUGCCAUGGUUGGACGUUAUCGUGGAUUAAUAAGCUAUUUAAAACAAAAUGUGACAGGGGUGUUAGCAAUACAUUGCGUCAUCCAUCGACAACAUUUAGUUCGUAAAAAUUUGAGCGUUAGAUUGCAUGAAUCACUUCAUUUAGUCAUUGAUGCAGUAAACCGAAUCCGAAGCAACGCGUUGAAUACGCGGUUUGUGUGA